AUGCCAGAUGAUGCUCAGGAUCAGCCGGCUUUGAAGCGAUUGCGGGGCAUGAUCGAGGGAACGAGCAAUGCGGAGCUUCACUUGGUGCAAAGCGCCUUUCUGAUGAUCUUGAGCAAAGAUAUGUUUGACCUAAGGCUGUACAGCGAUGUGGCGCCAGCUGCUUAG